AUGGCUGCAACAAGGCCUGUUCGGCCGAAACCCCUGGACUGGCCGGGUCCCUCGCAUUUGGAUGUGUUCAUUCGCAACCUGAAGCUGUUACAUCUAGAUCAACGCGAGGAUUGGCCCGGUAUAUCUCUCCGCGCCUUAACCCCAACAUCACAGAACCAACGACACCGAACCCGACUGAUAGAAUGGGCCCUGUACCACCUCUACGCCAUUUGGGAUCCGGAGACCGCCCAAGAUAAACUCCGGCCCUUCUUCCCCCCGUUAGAGCCUCUACAGUCUGUCAACCUCCGCGCGGCCUUGUUUCGGUGUCUAGGUGAAUUGAAGAAGAACGGCGAUCUGGGAAGGGAGAUUAUUCUUCGCAAAACCAUGCUGGAUGAUUGCAAGGGCGAUAAAUUCGAGGAGCUGCUCGCUGGCUUCUCCGCCGCCGUUCUCCGUAAAGUUGUGGCGGUGUCCGCGGACGAGAUGCUUUUGAAUCCUGCCAUGAAACUUUCGACUACAGCGGCCAUGACCCUAACCGACUAUCAGAACCUCCUGCCGCUCGUUCUUGCUCACCAAGUAUCUCUUGGUUCUGCGGGAGAGCGCCAUGCCCGAGUUAGAGAGGCGUAUAAUCGGUUCUCACAGCUCCUAGAUCAUAAAAAGGUCGAGCUGGCCGAACGUGCGAAUCAAGGAUCAAGUGAUUACAUGGAUGACACGCAGAGCGAGCCGGAGAGCUUGGUGCGUGAGUUACAAACAAAUUGGCUGGGCAGCGAAGAAUGGGCCACUGCACUGCUGAAAGGCGGAUCACAAAGCAGCACUGAUGCUUUUCUGGAACUCCCUUUCUCUGAGGCAUGGAUGCGAGCAAAGGACUCGAAUGUAGACAGUCUCAGCGGUGGCUUGAAGCAGGAUCUGGUUCUUGAUUUGGAGGCUCGGGUUCUACUUCAACGAAAUCGACUACGCAAGUGGCAUGAAUACAACAAGUCCCUCUUACAGGAAAGAGGCCCCAGCGAAAUAAGCACAGCCCUGCCUAAAGAACCACGUGUGCUAUUCCGGGAUCACCAGUCUCUCACAGUUGCUAGUAUAUCCAAAUCUGUUCGCCAACCCGGGGAUCGCGGGCGGACGUUGAAAGGCCCAGAGAAAUAUCUCCUAUCCUCUGUAAACGAGGCCCUAUCCCGUAUCAACGGCAAAUCUCGCGUCAAGCCUGCAGUUUUCACACCGGAGGUUAAAACGAGCAGCAAACUACAAUUCAAAAGCUCGGAGAUUAUCAGCUCGCCAUCAACAGUGGCUGAAGAUCACCACGCCACAGGUCAUCCAACAGACUUAGAAAUCCAAGAGCUCCAUCAAGGGCCUGAGCCCAAGCCCAAUCCAUAUCCAGAACCAGAGUACACUCAACCCUCUCCCCCAAUCGUCCGCCUCUCUCCAAACCUCCCCUCAUCAGGCGACGAACCAGGCCCAGAACCAAUCAAACGCACCCACACCUUAGCCGAGCGCACGCGCAGAUCAAUGUCCCUCCUUCCACCCGUGGCCCACGAAGCGCCACGGCCCCGCCGCAGAGCCCGCCCGUCAUUCCCGGUCAACCAGUUCGUGACGCCGCGGAAGACCUCCGCGCACUCAACUCGUUCGAGGGGCGAGAUCUCACGUGCUUCGACGCCACAGGAUCAACUCUUCGAGGAAGAUGCUGAGUACGCGAGUGUCUUUAAGUCGCGGCCGCGUGUGGCACUCAGUCCUAUCUCGUCGCCGGCUGUGCAUGUCAGUCCAUCUUUUGAGGAGGAGAAUUUUGAAUUAGAUUACGAGGAUGGGGAUGAGAGCGAAGGUUGUGAGUGGGGUGAUAUUGAUUCGCCUUUGGCUGCUCCACGAUUGAGGGGCUAG